AUGAUGAAAUGCGUAGACAUGCCAGGCACGCCAGGCGUUUCCCAGCAUAAUUCGCUCGUCCCUGCAUUCCACCGAUUGGGUUCCUUAUUGAAAGCAAUCUAUCUGUACCCGGUUUUUCCUAGACUACCUAUGAUCGCCUAUGCGCGAAUGCAUUGCUGGUGAGUCUCGACGUCCCGUCCACUCGUAAGACCUUUGGUGGUCCGGAUGAAAGCAGCUCCAGGAAAGGCUUAACGCCGCACGUAGGGAAGACGCUUCGUUCAUGGGUUGUUGACCGAAUGCAUGUCCAUUCAGAUUAGGUCUACUACAACUUACAAUUCCUAGCUUAAUACACAAUAGAUGCUUCAACAGCAUCGUAAGCAUCGGCCUGACGCAACAGCCUGACCACUCCGAUUUUGCAAAGUCCAACUC